UUGACAGCGGCAGAACCCGGAGCAGGAAAAGGAGGCGGCUUAGUUCCCUUUCGCCUGGACCGCUUCGCCUAAGGAGGGAGCUGCUGCGUCUGAAGCGGAAAAACGAAUUUUGGAGCGCGAGUUCAGGCUGAGGUCAUUCAAAAGCAUCGUGAUUGGAAGCAAUGGAUGAGCAAUCCCAAGGAAUGCCGGGUCCUCCCGUUCCUCAGUUUCAGCCACAGAAAGCCUUACGACCUGACAUGGGCUACAAUACUUUAGCCAACUUCCGGAUAGAGAAGAAGAUUGGCCGUGGACAGUUCAGUGAAGUUUACAGAGCAACAUGCUUGUUGGAUGGUGUGCCAGUAGCCUUAAAAAAGGUGCAGAUAUUUGAUUUAAUGGAUGCCAAGGCCCGUGCUGACUGCAUCAAAGAAAUAGAUCUUCUUAAGCAAUUGAAUCAUCCAAAUGUAAUUAAAUACUAUGCAUCGUUUAUUGAAGACAAUGAAUUAAAUAUAGUGCUGGAAUUAGCAGAUGCUGGAGACCUUUCUAGAAUGAUCAAGCAUUUUAAGAAACAGAAGCGACUGAUUCCCGAAAGGACUGUUUGGAAGUAUUUUGUUCAGCUGUGCAGUGCCUUAGAGCAUAUGCAUUCACGGCGCGUCAUGCAUCGAGACAUCAAGCCUGCAAAUGUCUUCAUCACAGCUACAGGAGUAGUAAAACUUGGAGACCUUGGACUGGGAAGAUUUUUUAGCUCCAAAACUACAGCUGCACAUUCUUUAGUAGGAACACCUUAUUACAUGUCUCCAGAGAGAAUCCAUGAAAAUGGAUACAACUUCAAAUCUGACAUCUGGUCUCUAGGAUGUCUGUUGUAUGAGAUGGCUGCAUUGCAAAGUCCAUUCUACGGUGACAAAAUGAACUUGUACUCUUUAUGUAAAAAGAUAGAACAAUGUGACUAUCCACCCCUUCCAUCAGAUCACUAUUCAGAAGAACUGCGACAAUUAGUUAAUAUGUGCAUUAACCCUGAUCCAGAGAAGCGACCGGAUGUAACCUACGUUUAUGAUGUAGCAAAACGUAUGCAUGCACACACUACAAGCAGCUAAAAGACUCGUCGAUUUCUGAAGAGGAUGAAACUAACAUUGAAAAUUCAAGUAUUAUUGCCGAAAUUGUCUUCUACCUUGAUUUCCAUCUGUUGCCUAAAGUUUAGUUAUUUGCAAUUAGCACAUUUAACAGUUUUAUUACAGAGUUUUACUUUAAAAUAUUUUUAUUUUUUAAAAGAGUUGAUUAUACAAUAUGAAGAAGUUUUAACUUGACAAGCAAGCCCAGAAAACUGGCAGUCCCUAAUGACUUUGGAAACUUUGGCAAUUUCACAAAAGUUAUUACAUUAAUUUCAAAAAUUGUAUGACUUCCUGCUAUUCAUUUCCACUUAUGUGACUUGCCAUUUUGCUUGUUUACUAUAAACUUUUGAAUCAA